AUGGGUAAAACGAAGUCUCAAUCAAGUUCCACUGUUCGAAGAUCACAAAGAUUGAACUCCGAUGUUGACAAUCCUACUCCGAUCUCUCUCCCAGCAGCCGAUUCUCAGGUUUCUGGGUUUUCGCGAGCUGUCACAUCACCAAUCUAUACUGAUCCAUCCCACUCUCCGUUCUUCCUACACAGCGUAGAUCAUCCAGGUUUGAGCAUCAUUUCUUUUCAUUUAGAUGAAACGAACUAUGAUGACUGGAGUUAUGCGAUGCGUAUCUCUCUUGAUGCUAAGAACAAAAUCAAGUUUAUUGAUGGUAGCUUGCCUAGGCCUUUAACCACAGAUCCUAACUUUGAUUUAUGGUCAAGAUGCAAUAGCAUGGUCAAAUCGUGGUUAUUGAAUGUUGUCUCUCCUCAUAUUUAUCGUAGUAUCUUACGGAUGAAUGAUGCUACUAAUAUAUGGCGAGAUCUCUAUGGUCGGCUUCAUCUGAAUAAUCUUCCUCGCAUAUAUAAUCUUCGCCAAGGUUUCAUGUCUUUAUCUGAGUAUUAUACUCGCCUUAAAACUCUUUGGGAUCAGUUGGAUGGUUCAGAUGAACCAUAUGAUCCUUGUGCUUGUGGAAAGGGUGCUCGUUUGCAGUUGAAGGCAGAGCGUGCCAAAACUGUGAAGUUCUUGGCAUGUCUGAAUGAUUCCUAUGCUAUUAUUCGUAGACAGAUCAUUGCUAAGAAGGCAUUACCCACUUUGGUUGAGACUUCUCAGACUUUUGCACCAGCCUCUCCCAUUGUUAUGUAUGUGCAGAAUGGUCCAAACAAAGGUAGACCGAUUUGCUCUUUCUGCAACAGGGUUGGUCAUAUUGCUGAGAGGUGCUACAAGAAACAUGGAUUUCCACCUAGUUUUACUCUGAAAGGCAAACCUGGUGAGAAAACUCAGAAACAACCUGCUAUCGCAGCACAAGUUUCUUUAUCUCCUACACCAGAAAAAUCCUCGAAAAAUAUUGAUGGUUUGAUUGGCAAGCUCUCUCCGGAUCAGUUGCAGAAUCUCAUAGCCCUUUUCAGCUCUCAGUUGCCAUCUUCUUCAUCGGUUCCAGCUCAAAUCGAAGCAAGUACACCUCAGACUCCUCUUGAUCUUCCAAAACACACACUAUCUACUGACACAUGGGUGAUUGACUCUGGUGCAACUCACCAUGUGUCCCAUGACAGAAAUAGUUUUGUUUCCCUUGACACUUCUGUAAAUAGUUUUGUGAAUUUGCCUACUGGUCCUCAUGUGAAAAUCAGUGGAGUGGGAAUGGUUCGUUUGAACAAGGAUAUAUUGCUCCAGAAUGUUCUGUUUAUACCUGAGUUCCGAUUAAGCCUUAUCAGUAUCAGUUCUUUGACUGAUGACAUUGGCUCCAAAGUGACUUCGAUACUUCUUAUUGCGAAAUACAGGAUCCUAUCAAGGGGGUGA